AUGCCCCAAAGGCGACGGCACGUCAAGGCCCAUAUUCAACCUAAAAAACCCGAACAAAUUUGUUUGUCCGGGAAAGUUCAGACUUAUAAACAUUCAAAAGGUACCAAAUUUCAUUCAAUCAGGCAACUGGAUGAUGAAUAUCGAUUUUCAUCACGCCUACUUCCACUUACCUAUCGCCAGGAGUCACAGACGGUUCCUAAGGCUGAUUUUUUACAAUCAGCUCCUACAAAUGGUCUGCUUGCCCUUCGGGAUCAGUUCUGCUCCAAAAGUGUUUGCAACAAUGACGAAUUGGAUCACACAACAACUGAAAAACGAAGGAUCUCUAGUACUAGUGUAUCUAAACGACUUCCUUUUAGUAAAUCAGGAUCGAGCAUUAUUACGCAACCAGACAACAUUCGCACUGGACUUGCUCAAAGGUACAUGGUUACCGAACCAGCAGCAUCUCCACUACAAUUCGAAGGAAAUGCUCGCUAUUAUCAAUGCAUUAAAAGAUCACGGUCGGCACCUGAACUCUACGACCUUGGCCAUGAAAUGAAACAACGAAACAGUUUCCUACCUCCGCAAGGAAGGGGGAACGAAAUCCACAGCCCUGAUAAAACUUACUUGCUUAACAGCAAUUCAACUACUCAACUAUAUUCACCUGAAUAUUUACCACAUCUCAGGAAGUUUCAACUGCAAAGCAGACUGUCUGUCACGGGGUGCACCCUCCCCAGUAUGGCUUCACCUUCAAUCUGCUAUGACUCUGAAGGUGUUCAAAAAGUGGGGCUAUCUGGUAAUCGAUCUACUCACAUCACGUCGGGCUCACGUAGUUCCCUACACAUUGCUCGACAGAACGGACGACCGAGCGCAAGUUCACGAUGCAUUCAACAAAACAUGGACUUACCACCUAGCAUGGGUGUUUCCUCCAUCACAUCUGAACAACGCAUCAGCGAAUUAUCUGACUGCCCCCUUCAUCGUAAUAAAUCUACGCUAAGUUCUGAUAGACUUAUCGACAGGACUACCUCCAUCCAAAGCAUUAGAAAUGACUUAGGAGAUAUGGAAAUGUGGGGGUGGAGUCAACACUUAACCAAUUGGUCAACAGAACAACGUGAAUUGCUAUCAUCAAGUUGGCGUAGGUCCACGCUUAACACUUAUCGGCCCGCAUUGAAGAGAUGGAUAAAGUGGGCAAAGGAACAAGGUAUUGAUAUGUAUAAUCCAUCGGGAUCUGAUUUCGCGCGUUUCCUAGCCGACUUACACCAAAAAGAAAAGCUCUCACUUAGCACUAUUCUUGUCCAUAAAUCUGCUUUUUCUACAUUUGUCAACCCAGAAGGCCAAGAGAAGUUAAGCUCUAAUAGCCUGGUAAAGCAAGUGCUAAAAGCCAUUGCUUUAGCGACCCCUAGACCUAGUAAACCACCCAUUUGGGAUACGGAUAUCCUCAUUCGCUUUUUGAGCAUAAAGGCGACCGGUCAAUCUGAGAUAUUAGAGGCAGCAAAAAGAACAGCAACCAUUCUUCUACUCUGUUCAGGAAGACGAGUGCAUGACCUCACAUUACUAAGAAUUUCACCUGAAUACUACUCAGUGUCAGAAGAUGCAAUAAUUUUCACACCUGCCUUCGGCUCUAAAACCGAUACCGAUAAAAGACGACAAUCCAAUUGGAAAUUGAUGCCGAAUGAGGAGAAUAACCUACUCUGUCCAGUAUACUGGGUAAAACAUCUAACUGCCCUUACGCAAGAACGAAGAUCCCGGGCUAAAAGUGAUUGUCUUUUUGUAACCAUAACAGGAGCCCCUAAACCCGCUUCGCGUACAAUUAUCGGUGGCUGGGUGAAGAAACUACUUAAUGACGCGGGAAUAGAAGCCACUCCAGGAAGUCUGAGAUCAGCUGUUGCAUCUAAGAGUUGGAUAGAAAAUUUCCAACUGGAAGACAUACUUUCCAGGGGAAACUGGAAAUCUGCUAAUACGUUCUUUAGAUUUUAUCGGAGAGAGUUAACACCCUCCUCAGCACAUGCUCACUCUAUUUCCGCUUUGUUUUCUCCUACAGAUGAUUGAUUAAUACACUAAAUUAGAAAAUCAUAUGCUCAGAUUUCAUAUUUUCUUUUUAUAAUUUUGUUUGUUAUAAUUUAUAUAUUUGUCUACAUAUAGUAACAAUGUGUUGAUUUACAAUAAAACAUUAAUAAUCACCUAUGCCUCGUCACUGCUGGCA